ACUUGAUUGGAGAGUUUCUGUUCUCAGCGGCUGCCGAAAUGUCAAGCUCCAAAUCCCUGGGCUGCUCGGAGGAAGAGGCAAAGCAGAAGCUGCUGUGGAACGUCAAGAGAGAGGUGAAACAAAUCAUGGAAGAAGCCGUCACCAGGAAGUUUGUGCAUGAGGACAGCAGCCACAUCAUUGCCUUGUGUACUGUCGUGGAGGCCUGUCUGCUCUACAUGCUGAAGCGCAGGGCUGCUGGUUUUCUCCGGAGUGACAAAGUAGCCGCACUUUUUACAAAAGUUGGGAAAGCCUAUCAAGUAGCGGGCGAUCUGUGCAAGAAAGUUCAAGAAUUACAGCAACAGGUGGAUAACAAGAAAAACCAGUCAAAUGGACAGGAAUCUCUGAAGAGGCAGGGAUCAAUAUCCAAGAGCCCAACUCUUACACCUCAAGCUAUCAAACACAUUUGGGUGCGCACAGCUUUGUUUGAGAAGGUCUUGGAUAAAAUCGUACAGUACAUUGUCGAUAACUCCAGUAAAUAUUAUGAAAAACAAGCUCUAAUGUCAGAUCCAGUCUGCGGACCGAUUCUAGCUUCUUUGCUUGUUGGUCCUUGUGCAUUGGAGUACACCAAGCUUAAAACUGCUGACCACUACUGGACCGACCCUUCGGCAGAUGAACUGGUGCAAAGACACCGUAUUCAUGGAGCACACGGACACCAGGAUUCCCCAUCCAAACGGCCUGCACUUGGUAUAAGAAAGCGUCACUCGAGUGGAAGCAUGUCAGAAGAUAAAUUUGCAGCUUCAGCAAGGGAAUAUGUGGAGUCAUUACAUCAAAAUUCCAGAACACAUCUGUUGUAUGGAAAAAAUAAUGUACUUGUCCAGCCAAAGGAGGAUGUGGAGACUGUUCCAGGGUACCUGUCGCUUCAUCAGUCUGCGGAACACUUAACUCUGAAGUGGACCCCGAACCAACUCAUGAAUGGGACUCUGGGAGAUUCAGAGCUUGAAAAGAGUGUCUAUUGGGAUUACGCCCUAACUGUGCCAUUAAGUCAGAUAGUCUGCAUCCAUUGCCACCAACAACCUGACAGUGGAGGCACCUUAGUGUUGGUGAGUCAGGAUGGAAUCCAAAGGCCUCCACUCCACUUCCCCCAGGGUGGCCACUUGUUAGCCUUCCUCUCCUGCCUUGAAAACGGGCUGUUACCACGAGGGCAGCUUGAUCCUCCACUUUGGUCACAGCGAGGAAAGGGCAAAGUCUUUCCGAAGCUGCGGAAAAGAAACAGCAGGGCCAAAUCCAUGGACCAAGAAGAAGUGACGGAGGAAGAAGUAGCUACAGAUUAUGUAUUCAGAAUAAUUUAUCCUGGACAGAAGAAUGACUAUGUAACUAUUAACUACCACCACUUAGCUGCCAGUCGAUCGAUCUCUGUCGAGGAUGAUGAGGAAGACGAGGAUAGGCUACAUGAAAUGAUUUCUAUGAUCUGCUCUCGGAACCUCACAGCUCCUAAAAUGAUGAAAGAUCCUAGUGAAUUAUUGGAAAUGCAUGGAUACAGUGUGACACAGUUUCCUUGGCAGCUGGGAGAUCUGUGUAGUCAAGGCUCCUCUUGUUUAUCCUGCUCGACCAAUGGUUCUCCCUAUGACAUGCCUAAUUGCUGCAGCUGUGGAAAUGACAGGACCCCAUUAAAGAUGCUCUGUGAGAAUAUGAAGAGGCAGAUUGUUUCAAGGGCAUUUUAUGGAUGGCUAGCGUACUGCCGUCACCUCUCUACAGUCCGCACACAUCUAUCAGCUCUUGUGAAUCACACCAUCGUCCCACCCGACAAGCCAUGUGAAGCCUCGGGUGGACUGACUGGAGAAGUCUGGAAUAAGUAUGAGAAAGAUAGGAAGAAUUACAAAAAAUUAGAGCUGCUCAGACUGGUUUACUAUGGAGGAGUCCAGCACGAGAUAAGGAAAGAUGUCUGGCCCUUCCUCCUGGGACAUUACAAGUUUGGCAUGAGCAAACAGGAUAUGGACCAGGUGGAUGAAGAUAUCGCUGCCAAGUACAGAUACGUAAUGGCAGAAUGGAAGGCCUGUGAGUUGGUCGUUAAGCAGAGAGACAGGGAAACGCACUCGGCAAUCUUGGCCAAAUUUUCAUCGGGUAGCAGCAUAGACAGCCAUGUGCAACGUCUGAUUCAUCAAGAUUCCAGCAUCAGCAAUGACGUCUUCAUUUCUGUUGAUGAAGUGGACCAGGGAGACAAAGUCUUUAAAAUGGUGGAUGACGCAACAACAACGAUAGUAAACAUUGACACCCCGAUCGCAGCAGUUGAAGAGCGACCAUCAAUAGAGUUUGACUCCCCAGAUUCUGGACUGCCUUCUUCGAGGAACUAUUCUGUCACGUCGGGACACUCCCGAAUCUUUUCAAGCACUGAUGAUCAAAGUUUAUGCCUGGAAGAAGGUGUAUUGGAGGAAGAAGAUAACACUGAAUCAGACAGGGUUGAAGAACAGACUCCCGAUGUUAGAGAAUCUGGUUCGAGAAGAAAAAGUGUUCUGCAAAAGGCUGGAGCUCAGGACUCGUUGUCAGAAGAACAGCUGUGUACUCAAUUAGAUUUGAUAAUGUCCCAGGAAAGCAGCUCAUCUUUACUAUCGACAACAUACACGACAGAACUGAUGGAUGCUGUAUCAUUAAAUUGGCAUCGGAUUGAUAAGGAUGUACAGCGUUGUGAUAGAAAUUACUGGUAUUUUACUACAAUCAACCUGGAAAGACUGAAGACUGUAAUGUGCAGUUAUGUGUGGGAACACUUGGAUGUGGGCUACGUUCAGGGAAUGUGUGACCUCUUGGCACCACUAAUGGUUAUUCUGGACAGCGAGCCCCUGGCGUACAGCUGCUUUACUCAGCUAAUGAAGAGAAUGAAUCAGAAUUUCCCAAACGGAGGUGCCAUGGAUACUCACUUUGCCAACAUGAGAUCCUUAAUACAGAUUUUGGACUCUGAGCUCUUUGAGCUAAUGCAUCAGAAUGGAGAUUACACCCACUUUUAUUUCUGCUAUCGUUGGUUCCUGCUGGAUUUCAAAAGAGAACUCUUGUACGAGGAUGUCUUCGCUGUGUGGGAGGUCAUCUGGGCAGCAAAGUACAUCUCUUCAGAGCACUUUGUCCUUUUCAUUGCCUUAGCUCUGGUGGAAGUUUACCGUGAGAUCAUUCGUGAUAACAACAUGGAUUUCACGGACAUUAUAAAGUUUUUCAAUGAAAUGGCGGAGCGACAUGAUGCCCAGCAGAUGCUGAGGAUUGCACGCGAGCUGGUCUACAAGGUGCAGACUCUGAUCGAGAACAAGUGAUGGAAAUGAGGGAGCAGGAAAGGCUUGGUUAUAUUUGAAAAUAGAAACACUCUCACCUGGAGUGAGGUAGGAGUCUGGAACUCUCUGCCUGAAAGGCUGAUGGAGGUGGCGUCUGGAUGUGCACCUGAAGUCCUGUAACCUCCAGGGCUGUGGACCAAGUGCUGGAAAAUGGGGUUAGGCUAGGUAAUUUGUUCUUUCAGCCAGUGCUGAGACAAUGGGCCAAGUAGCUGCCUUCUGUGCUGUAAACUUUCUAUGAUAUCUUAAUUACAUUUCUGUAUGGUCUCUGACGUGUGGAGCUUUUUUUCCCAUUGUGUCCUUCUCUUCCUAAAUAAGUUUGUUGAUCUUCCACUAUAACCUUUACAGAAAAUCAGCCUCCGCAAAGAAAUAUAAAUUGUUGUUUCUGCAAGAUGAUAUUCUGAAGUUAAAUCAUUUGAUUAAUUGAAGCAUUACAGUACAUCUAUUGUCUUAUACGUCAUAGCAUAUUGCGAGACCACACACAGCAGUUCAUUGGCAUCCUGUGAGUGGGAACAGCUAUUAAAAAUAAGUCUUUUUUUUGGAAAUGAGGAUAAUUCCCCAGACCUCUAACAGAAUUCAGCUAAAGGCAGAAACUGGAUAAAGGUGUUGGUUUUUAAUCAUUACUCUUUGUAAUGGGAUGAGGAGAGGGUAGAAGGGUGCAAAAUUGUCUUUUUGUUUAACUCUUUUACUUUGAGAAGGAAAAUCCAACUGACGCCCAGACAAAGGAAUAGAGACAACAGUCUUUGUAAAGUGCUUUUGAACAUAUUUAUCCCACUGGUGCUGAUUAUUCUAUUGCGAAAUCCAGGUGAAGGGGCAAAAGCAAGUACACCAAAAGGCAUAUGAGAGAAGGCAAAAUACUAUAAAUGAUGGAUGAUGCAAGAGCCUGUACAUUGUAGAUCAAAUGGAAGAAUUGAAGGAGGCCAGGGGUGUGAAGGCCUGUGAAAGAUUGCGUUAGACAAGACUGCAGUUUGAUGAUAAAUACAUAUUCCAAUGUUCUUUUUUGCCAGUAUUUUUGUGCUUCAUAAUUAAGCAUUCCAGUGACAUAGAAAAAUUUUAAAACUGACAAAGUAUCUCGAAUAGUUUCCCUAUAGCUUUGGAUAAUACCUGAAAGCUGUGAUACAUUGGUCUGGUGAUAAGCCAUAGUAGUUUUGUUAGGUAAACAAUAUCAAGGUGCAAUGACAGGUAAUUGGAGCUGAGGUGCUGAUCAGCCACAUUCAAACUGAAUGGUGGAGCAGGAUGGAUGGUAUGGAUGACCCAUCCUUGUUCCUAUUGUAACGUGGCACAUCAUUUAAAAAGCAGGUUUACAUUUGGAUGUUAAAUAAUAGUAAUAGUAAAAAAAAUUAAUUGUGGAGAGAUUGGGAAAUAUUUGCUCUCCAUUCACCACACAGUGGGGUUAAAUUGCUCUUUAAAUGAGUGAUAGGGGAGCGCCUUUAUUCGUCAUAAUCAGCUCCAGAAGUUAAAAUCUAGGACUCUGAAGUUUUGAAGCAUGCGAUUUCUGAAUAUGAUUUUGUUUUUUUUAGCAAGUUGCUUAGCUCAAUAACUUAGAUUUAUAUAGCGCCUUUCAUGUAGGAAGAAAAGUCCCCGAGGUACUUUGUUAGAAAAGAAAGCACAAGUGUCCUCUUGCUUAUCAUUGAGAAAUUUCACCCUGUACCUCUAAACUUUUACUGCUUAUGAAAUAUAGGAAUGUGUGGCUUCUGCUUUAAACCUUCUUGAGGCAAUGAUUGUGUUCUAUAAUUGGACUUUGUGUCAUAUUCUGUUGUAAGUACUGUACAUAUUUAACUUGUAAAUUGUCAGUGGUCAAUCUGCUCUAUUUAUUGUAUCCUGUUUGUGUUUGUGCUCUACUGCAAACAGCUGACUUGGUUCCAAAUUUAUAGAGAAUGUCAUUCAACUUGUGAUCAUCAACUAGGCUGCGUUAACUCUCCCACUCAUGCUUAUUCCCUCCAAACAGCCUUUUCAUUUGAAGUUGACAAGCAUACUCUGAGGCAUAUUUCAGCAGUUUAUUGCAUUCCAAGUGGAGCGAUUGUUUCAAAGUUCUGCAAAUUGCAGAACAUUGGGUAAUCCUUUCAGGCAAUAAGCUCCACUCUGCGGAGUCCUGUACAAAGAGGAUGAGUGAAGUAUUAGAAUUGCAAUUGCCACUAGUUAGGGCUCCCACAUGGUUAUGUGGCCAAAGGACCAGCAGGGAAAAGAAUUCAGAAGAGGGGGUUGUGGACAAGAAUAUCUCAACCACUGAGUUUGUAGUCAGUCCCAGCUGGCUUCUCAGGGCGUUUCUGAAUAUUCAGUGAUGGGGAUUUAUCAUAGAGCACAUUAUUGUCUCAUCUUCAGGAUGGAAAUGUCAGACACCGUUCAUUCCAGGGCUGUACAUCGUCUGAUGCUACAGCUUGACUAUAGCACAGCUGUCUGUGAUUUUGUCUGCUAACUAUUUUAUUUGUAUUAUGAAAGUGGUGUGUGUGCUUUGCAGAAACCUCACCUGUCUGUACAAUCUAAGACACUUUGUUUUAAAAAUACGACACUGUCAGAAAAAUCCUCAAACAACAUGCCCCUAUGAAAGAGUAGGUUGGACCUGGAUUAGAAUAUUUUUUAUUAACAAGUAUUUAUUUUCUUUACCCCGUUAUUUUUGGCUACUUAACCACAUUGCUUUUGAUCUAAUUAAAAAUAUUCUGAACUGCAGGAGUUGGAGAAGGGAAGGACAAAAAACAUAGCUCACAGCACCAGUCAUUCUUCAAAGGGCAUAACUUGCCUCAAGUUUUCUACCUGAAAUAGUUUCUAGGCUUGUUCAAUGAGCCCGGGACUGACUAUGUAUAAUAUUGCUGCAUGAACCCUAAAUACAAUUGUAUAAAAUUUCUUUGCCUGCUAUUUUGAUGGUGGCAUUGGACUGAUGAACACUUGUGUUAAAAGGAUGGGUUUGUACACUGAUGUGCACAGUUUAAUUUAUGACUGAUCAUUUCUUUCCCCAACCUCAACCAGAAUGUGAAUGUUACGAAUAAAUCUGAAGCUUGCACUGCCUUUGAAAUGUGGUUUCGAUGAUAAACUCACAGCAGUGAAUCAAUGUGUGCAACUUUUGUUUACCUAUGUUAUGUUGUACGUGUGAGGCUGCACCUUAAACUUUGUGUGAUGCAUUAUUUAUUUAUUUUUGGAUUUUCUUUACACUCUAUUGAAUGUAAUGUUGCAUCAAUAAA